GAUUUAUUUUUUGUUAUUUAUUUAUUUUAUUUUAUUUUUGGUUGCGUUUGGUCUUAGCUGUGGCACGUGGGAUCUUUUGUUGUGGUGUGCAGGCUCUUUGUUGCAGCGUGUGGGCUUCUCUCUAGUUGUGGUGUGUGGGUUUUGUCUUCUAGUUGUGGUGCGCAGGCUCCAGGGCGUGUGGACUCAGAAGUUGUGGCGUGUGGGCUUAGUUGCCCCAUGGCAUGUGGGAUCUUAGUUCUCCGAGCAGUGAUCAAACUGACAUCCCCUGCAUUGGACGGCAGAUUCUUUACCACUGGACCACCAGGGAAGUCCCUGGAAUAUUUUGAAACUUUCUUUUUUGCCUGUCUUGUUUUGAUUGGUAUAAACAUCGCUAAGGCACAUGCAGCAAAGCAUGUUCAGCUCUCAAACACCGUGCUAAGGGGAAGAAGGCAGCACGGAGUGCAGAAGGCAUAGCCCCUCUGGCAGAGUCUGCAGGGCGCUGAUCUGUGCUUCCAGGAGCCAGGCAGAGGCUCUCCUGGGAGGCCGGCAAGGAGGCAGAGCCUGCAGCGGCGGCAGGGCUGCCAGGGCCUGGUUCUGUGGGCCGGGCCCCUCGAGCUGUGUGUUCAGGUUGUCGACUCUGCUGUAUAAAUGUCAUACUCCAAAAAACAGCUUUAAAGAUACAGAAAAGGUUAUAUAAGUACAUUUUGUGUAUCUAAUUGGAGAGUCUUGUGCUUCCAGUAGGUGAGUUUAAUCCUUUUACUUCUGUUACACAUCCAUUGGUCUUGUUUCUACUAGUUUUGCAAUUUUUGCCUCCUCAUUUUUGACUUUGGUUUAUGCCUUCUAUUGAUUUUUUUUUCUUUUCACUCCUUUUUCUUUCUCAGCCCUUAAUGUAUUAUUGUUAUUCUUUCAUAUAAAGUGAAUAACUGUCUCCAUCCUCCUCCUGAAUGGGACUACUUGGUGCCUGGGAGGAGGUGGGGGCAGAUGACCUGAAAUGUUGUACGUGUCUGCAGGGAGCAGAGUCUGCCCGGGAGGCCGAGCACUGAGGCCGGCUGCAGGAGGGGCCAGGCUGGACCUCCACAUGUUCCUCUCUCUUCCCUCAGCACCUGAGUGACGGGCUCCUGCCUCCCUCCCCGGGAAGCCCAGGGUACUAGGUGAUGGCAGCUCUGCAUCUGUCUGCCCUGCCCCAGGCUGAAGUGACCUUCGAGGACGUGGCCGUGCUCCUCUCCAGGGAGGAGUGGGGCUGUUUGGGCCCUGUUCAGAAGGGCCUCUACAGGGAUGUGAUGCUGGAAACCUACAGGAACCUGGUCUCGCUGGGAGCUGGACCUGCAGGCCCCAAGCCGGAGGUAAUUACACAGUUGGAGCGAGGGGAUGAGCCGUGGGUCCUGGACGUGCAGGGGAGAGAGCGACCGACCAUCGAUGGCUCAGCUCAUGGGACCAGUACUGAGAACCAGGAGUUGACUUCAGGCGAGAUGCUCUAUGGGGAAGAACUGGACCGUCUCAGGGGGAGUGUUCUCCAGGGACCUGAGCCGGGAGAAGCCUGUGAGCAUGUCAGGGAGCCAGAGGGGAGCAUGGACGGGCCUGUGGAGCAGAGAGGCCCCAGGCCAGUCACACUGGCCAACAAGGAGAGUGGCCUGGAGUCUGGGGGAAACCUCAGGUUGGGGUCAAGCCCUCUCCCUGAUCAGAGACCUCACAAAUGUGAUAUAUGUGAGCAAAGUUUUGAACAGAGAUCAUAUCUUAAUAACCAUAAGCGUGUACACAGGUCCAAAAAAACAAAUAUAGUUCGUGAUUUAGGGGAAGUUUUCACUGCAAAUUUAGUUGUUAAAGAAGAUCACAAAAUUCCUAUUGGGAAAAAAUUGCAUUAUUGUGGUUGCUGUGGGAAAGCCUUCAGGUACAGUGCUAAUCUUGCCAAGCACCAGCGGCUGCACAGUGAAGAGAAGCCCUACAAGUGUGACGAGUGUGGGAAGGCCUUCCACCAGAGCUGCGAACUCAUCAAUCACCGCAGGAUGCACUCUGGGGAGAUUCCCUACCGCUGUGAUGAGUGCGGGAAGACGUUCAAUCAGAGGCCCAACCUCAUGAAGCAUCAGAGGAUCCACACUGGGGAGAAGCCCUACAAGUGUGGCGAGUGUGGGAAGCACUUCAGUGCCUACUCGUCCCUCAUUUAUCACCAGAGGAUCCACACUGGAGAGAAGCCCUACAAGUGCAACGACUGUGGGAAGGCCUUCAGUGACGGCUCAAUCCUUAUCCGACAUCGUCGGACUCACACUGGAGAGAAGCCAUAUGAGUGCAAAGAAUGUGGCAAAGGCUUUACCCAGAGUUCUAACCUUAUUCAACAUCAAAGAAUACACACUGGAGAAAAACCCUAUAAAUGUAAUGAAUGUGAGAAAGCCUUCAUCCAAAAAACCAAGCUUGUUGAACACCAGAGAAGCCACACCGGAGAAAAGCCCUAUGAAUGUAAUGACUGUGGCAAAGUCUUCAGCCAGAGCACCCACCUCAUCCAGCAUCAGAGGAUCCAUACGGGAGAGAAACCCUACAAGUGCGGUGAGUGUGGGAAGGCCUUCCACAACAGUUCCAGACUCAUCCACCAUCAGAGGUCACACCACGGAGAGAAGCCGUACAAAUGCAGUGAUUGCAAGAAAGCCUUCAGCCAGGGCACGUACCUUCUGCAGCACCGGAGGAUCCACACCGGGGAGAAGCCGUACACAUGCGGCGAGUGUGGCAAGGCCUUCCGGCACAGCUCCAACAUGUCCCAGCAUCAGAGGAUUCACCUCCGGGAAGACUUUUCCCCGUGACUGGGGGAGGCCCCUGAGGUCUGCUGUGCACUUCCUGCAUGUGACCCCCCCAGCCCUUACUUGCUGUCCACACAGUGUUGUCACAGGUGAAAGGGCGUUUCUGUCUAAUUAAAAGUUUUAAAACAGAAGCAGUGCAUGUUCAUUUUAGAGAAAUCGAGUGAGAAACGUAAGCAAACAGGAGAAACUCCUGUAGCCUCCCCUUAGACAAAGAGAACUCACCACCACUGUGCCCGGUGUAGGUUUCGUCCAGACACACCGAACAGCAUCCUCAAGAGAAGUACUGUGGUGCUUUCUGUGCAGCUCAUUUCCUCAAUCCUGGAAAACUCACACUGGAGAGAAUUCUAUGUGUUUACAUUGUUUUACACAUUGUAAAUUAAAAAAAAUUAGCAUAUUGUUCAUACUUUUCUGUAUCACUUAAUAGAAUUAAUAAUUGCCUUUUUUAUUGUGGUAAAAUAUAUACAACAUUACAUGUACCAUUUAAACCAUUUUUGACUGUACAAUUCAGUGGCAUUAGAUACAUUCACAAUAUUGUAUAACCAUUAGCAAAUCUGUUUCCAAACUAUUUUAUCCAAAACAGAAACUCUUCACCCAUUAAACGGUAACUCUUCACUCUCCCCCUUUCCAUUUUUCUGUCUCAGAGAAUUUGCCUAUUCUAAGUACGUCAUAUAAGUGAGGUCAUAUAACAUUUGCCCUUUAUGUCCUGGCUUAUUUCACUUAGCAUAAUGUCCUCAAGCUUCAUCCGUGUUGUAGCAGGUGUCAGGACGACAUUCUUUCUUUACAGCUGAAUAAUAACUGCAGUGUUUGUAGAUACCAUGUUUUGUUUACCCAUCAUUUGUUGAUAGAUUACUUGGGUGUUUCUGCCUGUUGAUUAUUGUGCAUAAUGCUGCUAUGAACAUUGGUAUACUGAUCUGUACUUGUACUUUCCCUAUUUUCAGUACUUUGGGGUAUAAUCCUAGGAGUAAAGCUGCUGGAUCGUAUGGUAAUUCUAUGUUUAAGUUUCUGAAGAAUGGCCACACUUUUCCACAAUGGCAGUACUAUGU